AUGUGUAUGUAUGGUGCCUGUAUAUUUUUAAGAACGGAAGAACAGGAAGAAGUUUACUUGAGUCUUGUCCUAGCAAAAUCCCGACUUACCUCAUUGAAAGAAAUCACUUUACCAAGGUUGGAAUUAAUGGUCGCACUUCUGGGUGUAAGAUUAUAUCAAUUGGCUAUUAAAAGCUUGGAUUGUAUAAACACGAAGACUUAUUUUUGGUCAGACUCUUCAGCGGUUUUAGCAUGGCUAAAGAAGCGAAAUAAUUGGUCUGUUUUUGUAGAAAACCGAGUUAAAGAGAUUCAAAAUUACAGCAAAGAAGGAUGUUGGAAACAUAUACCAGGGAUCUUAAACCCUGCUGAUUUAUUUUCAAGAGGAUGGUAUCCAUUGCCACUCCUAAAAUACCAAUGGUGGACAGGACCUGAAUUUCUGAAACCUCCAGAAACUUGGCCUUCAAAUGAUCCUGAUUUUGAUAUGAAAGAAAUCGAUAAAGAACGACGUCGAACUGUCAUUUCCGAGAAGAAUUCAACGGUUGAAACUAUUCUAGCUAAACUUGCCUCCAGAUUUUCGAAAUAUUCUAUGAUUGUACGAACUGUUGCUUGGAUGUUAAGAUUCCAACCCACUUAUAUGAAAAAUGAAAAUCGUUUGACUAAUAUAUUCGCUGAAGAAUUCGAGAAUGCCGAAAAAUCUUUAUUUUUACUUAUACAAAAGGAUGCUUUUGAAGAAGAACGAAAAAAAAUCUGA